AUGCCUAGUAAUCACCACCACCAUAUGGUUCCAGGCAACUAUACACAAAAUUCAGGAUUUUUUCUUCAGGGAUUAUCAAAGGAACCAGAGUUGCAGCCCCUCAUAUUUGGACUUUUCCUCUCCAUGUACCUCAUCACUGUGUUUGGAAACCUGCUCAUCAUCCUGGCUGCCAGUUCAGACUCUCACCUCCACACACCCAUGUACUUUUUUCUCUCAAAUCUCUCCUUUGUAGAUAUCUGUUUCACCACAACAACAAUCCUAAAGAUGCUAAUAAAUAUACACACCCGGAGCAAAGUUAUAUCCUAUGAAGGCUGCAUCAGCCAGAUGUAUUUUUACAUACUCUUUGCAGUGUUGGAUGAUUUUAUUCUGAGUGUAAUGGCUUAUGAUCGCUUCUUAGCCAUCUGCCACCCCCUACACUACACAGUCAUCAUGAACCCCCGGCUCUGUGGACUGCUGGUUCUGGUGUCCUGGAUCAUCAGUGCCCUCCAUUCCUUGUUAGAAAGCUUACUGGUGCUGCGACUGUCUUUCUGUAUGGACUUGGAAAUCCCUCACUUUUUCUGUGAAAUCAAACAAAUUGUUCAACUUGCUUGUGACACUUUUCUUAAUGAUACAAUUAUGUAUUUUACAGCCCUACUGAUUGGUGGUGGUCCUCUGGCCGGUAUCCUUUACUCUUACUCUAAGAUCAUUUCAUCUAUACAUGGAAUGGCAUCAGCUGGGGGGAAGUAUAAAGCACUUUCCACCUGUGCGUCUCACCUCUUGGUUGUCUUCCUAUAUUACUGUUCAGGUGUAGGAGUCUAUCUCAGCUCUACUCCUACCCACAGUUCCCACUUAAGUACAAUAGCCACAGUGAUGUACACAGUGGUAACACCCAUGCUGAAUCCCUUUAUCUAUAGUCUCAGGAACAAAGACAUAAAGAGGGCUCUGAAAAAAGUCAUUCAGAUGGCAGUUAUAAAAAGGCAAGUCACAUAA